UGCGGCCUUCGUCUACCGAAGAUAGCUCAUAGCUGAGCGAUUCGAUUGUGAGAGCCCUAAAACUAGGGUUUCUUCCUUCCCUGCGGCCGCUUGUGGCCGACGGCCUGAGGUCAGCAUCCUUUCUCAUCGAGCCCCUCUCAAUUCAAAUUUUCCUUACUUUCCGAAUAGCAGAAGAGGUCAUCAAUUUUUCAGAAGCAAGAAUUCUUUCAGGUUACCAAAAAGACAAUAUUUUUUUUUUAAAAUCGAACUGCAACAAAUAAUGCUGGGGGGCUUGUACGGAGACCUCCCUCCCCCAUCAUCGAAGAAUGCAGCAGAGGAGGAGAAAAGUAGCAACUCAGUAUGGUCGAGCAGCGCCAAAAUGGCUCCACCUACCCUCAGGAAAACCCCUUCCCUUCUCCCUUCCCCGCACUCCGUGCUGAAGAACCAACAAUCACAAACCAAACCCAAAAACCCACUACCUGCCCAAUCAAAGAGCUCUGCUUCCACCGCCCCCUCAUCCCUACCGGAUAGUGACACGAAAAUCUCGUCCUUUCAACCUGCCCUAGUCGGGGUGACAUCAACUGUGGUUGAUGAGUAUGAUCCUGCAAGGCCCAAUGAUUACGAAGAGUAUCGUAGAGAAAAGAAGAGGCGGGCAGCAGAGGCUGAGAGAAAGAAGGAGGUUGAGAGGCGAAGAAGGGAGGAGGAAGAGAGGGAGCGAGAGAGGGAGCAGCGGGAACGUGAGGCUGCAGAGCGGGAAGAGAAGGAUUAUCAGUCUAAGUUGAGCAUAUCAGGUGAGGAAGCAUGGAAGAGGCGAGCUGCUAUGAGUGGUGGUGCGGUGCCAAGAUCGCCUUCACCACCGCCCAGCGGAGAAGGCUUUACUAUUGGGAAGUCAGGGUCUGCUGGGCUUGGUGUGGGUGCUGGAGGUCAGAUGACAGCCGCACAGCGGAUGAUGGCAAAGAUGGGGUGGAAGGAAGGGCAGGGUCUUGGUAAGCUGGAACAAGGGAUUACCACACCUCUCAUGGCAAAGAAGACGGACAGACGGGCUGGUGUGAUUGUGAAUGCCAGUGAGACCAAGGCUGAGAAAAAGAUGAAGAGUGUGAACCUGAAUGGUCCACCAACACGCGUCAUGCUUCUCCGAAACAUGGUUGGACCUGGUGAAGUAGACGAUGAGCUAGAAGACGAGGUUGCCUCUGAGUGUUCCAAGUAUGGCACCGUCACUCGUGUGCUCAUCUUUGAGAUCACAGAGCCCAACUUUCCAGCUGAUGAAGCUGUGAGGAUCUUUGUGCAGUUUGAGAGAACAGAAGAAACAACAAAAGCUCUGAUCGAUCUAGAUGGCCGGUACUUUGGUGGAAGGGUGGUUCGAGCUGCAUUUUAUGAUGAGGAGAGAUUUGGGAAAAAUGAACUGGCUCCCUUGCCUGGAGAAAUUCCUGGUUUCUUUUGAAUCAGCAGUUGCAGGUAGCCGUUGAAUCUGUUUGUUUUUAACGAUAAUGUUUGCUGCUUGUUUUCUUUAAAAUGUGCGUGUUUGAUGCUCAUUUUGGAUUUUGGUUGUUAAGUCUCGGGAGUAGGGUAUCUUAUCUGUAUUGACUUCUUAUAAAUAUAAUCUGUUUCCAUUACUUUAAUCUUUAUUAGAUAUAUAGAUAUUACAUUUGUAUGUUUAUUAUUUUUAUGAAAUGACAGUUAAGGUAGUUUGGAUGUCAAAA